GCAGGAAAGAGACGGGAGUGGUUGGUAGACGGGGAGGUUGCAAAGGGGGACUGCUCUUCCCAGAGGCCGAGGGGCGUCUUGCGUUGAAGUCGGAGCGGAAAGCAGGGAACGAAUUGCAGCUGCGCUUCCCCAGAUCCAGACCGCGUGGAAGUGCGAUCCCGUUUAUACCCGGGAAGCGAAGGGAAUCCGGAGCGGAGCGGCUGAGCGUCCGAAGGCGGCCGGGCAAGAGAAAGAGCGAACUAUUCGCGGCGGGGCUCUGUAUCUUUUGAGGACGUGGCUGUGUAUUUCACGGAAGAGGAGUGGGCUCUGCUGGAUUCUAGCCAGAGAGCCUUACACAGAGAAGUCAUGCUGGAGAAUUCUAGGAAUCUGGCUGCUGUGGGUUACGGGCAGGAGCAUAAGAACUACCAGGAGCCCAGCUUAGCGCUAUUCCAGUCUGAAGAAAGGAUGCUUGGAAUUCAGAGGGUACAUCAAAAGACUAGGAGAAGCUGUCUAAAGAAUGGAAGGAAGAAAUCUUCUCCUGAUCACAAUAAAGUCCUCCCAACUCAGCAACUUCAGCCACAAGUAGGAAGUGAAAAAUAUUUUGGAGAUGACAAGACAAGCAGAGCUAAAUUUGUUUUUAGUAAAUAUUGUACAAACCAGGCAGAAGAAAAACAAUAUGAACAUCAAGAGUAUGUGCAAAGUAUCAGUCUUAGCUCUUCUCUUGUUUUACAUCACCCACCAUACAUCCCAGAGACACCUUUUGCCCUUAUAAAUUGUGUAGAAAAAUUCACUUUGAACAAUCAUCUUAUGCCAGAUGGAGAGGAUAACCCAUAUGAAUGUGGAAAGGGUUUCAGCAAGAAACAGUUGCUUAUUUUACCCCCAGAAAAUCCCCCAAUGGAAAAACGAUAUAAGUGUCCGGAGUGUGGAAAAAGCUUCCCUCACAGAUGUAAACUUACUGUCCAUGAACGGACACAUACAGGGGAGAAGAAAAAUAUUUUGGAGAUGACAAGACAAGCAGAGCUAAAUUUGUUUUUAGUAAAUAUUGUACAAACCAGGCAGAAGAAGAACAAUAUGAACGUCAAGAAUGUGCUAAGUAUCAGUCUUAGCUCUUCUCUUGUUUUACAUCACCCAUCAUACAUCCCAGAGACACCACAUGCAAGUAUAAAUUGUGUAGAAAAAUUAGCUUUGAACAACCAUCUUAUGCCAGAUGGAGAGGAUAACCCAUAUGAGUGUGGAAAGGGUUUCAGCAAGAUUUUACCCCCAGAAAAUCCCCCAAUGGAAAAACUAUAUAAAUGUCCGGAGUGCGGGAAGACCUUCCCUCACAGAUGUAAACUUACUGUCCAUGAACGGAUGCACUCAGGGGAGAAGCCAUAUAUAUGGCAAGUAUGUGGAAAAAGUUUCUGGCAGAUGGAUCAUCUCACAAGACAUCUACGAAUCCACACUGGGGAGAAACCAUAUACAUGUCUUCACUGCGGAAGGAAGUUCAAUGAAAGUUCAGACCUUAUCAUACAUGUAAGGAGCCACACAGGGGAGAGACCAUAUAAAUAUACAGAGUGUGAUAAGAGCUUCAUUCGGAAAACUGCCUUUGAUUAUCAUAAAAGGAUCCACACGGGAGAAAAACCAUACGAGUGCCUGGAGUGCAGGAAGAGCUUUGGAUGGAACAGUAGUUUUAUGCUACAUAAAAGAACUUACACUGGGGAGAGACCGUAUCAGUGUUUGGAGUGUGGAAAGACUUUCAAAAACAGCAGUCAUUUUAUUUACCAUAAAAGGAUUCACACAGGGGAGAAACCAUUCAAAUGCUCAGACUGGAAAGAGCUUUAGUCGGAACCUUUCACUACAUAAAACAAUCCACAAAAGAGAGAAAUCAUAGCUUGGGAGCUUUCAUCACAAGUGCCUUCUAAAUACUCCAGAAAUAUGUUGACUUUCCAGUAACAUUCAGUUCCAAAGGGUUUUUCAUCAGAUCGAAAUGAAUCCACAUUGGAGAACCAUAAAAAUGCCUGAAAUUGGUUAAAAUAUGUCACUGUCCUUAUUUCCCAUAGGAGAGCCUACAAAUAUGGACAAAGCUUUGGUGCUAAUAUUGGUCAUUCCCUCCCUCCCCCAAGAAAAUGCAUAUGUGAGUUUGGAUGAACUUCAUGGAUGCUAAACUCGUGGACUGAAGUGCUGAUCCAUAUAGGAUUGAUAACACAUCAAGAAAAGGAGCAAAGCAACUAUUUUAAGAGGACGUGUCAUCUUAAAUACCAUAAAAGUUCCACUCAGGAAAAAAAACCUAUAACCCCCCCCCCCACAAUUUCUGAAGGCAAACACUUCCACUCGUUAAUUGUCCUCGCUGUUAGGAAGUUUCUCCUUAAUUUGAAGUUGCUUCUCUCCUUGAUUAGUUUCCAUCCAUUGUUUCUUGUCUUGCUUUUUGGUGCUUUGGAAAAUAUCACAUGACUGCAUUUCAGGCCCUGGGCAACUGCCUCACCUUUACAGGUGGUUAUGUCAUUCUAUGUUCAUAUGAUAUAUAAUUUAUGGCUUUUUUUGCUGGGAUCCAGAUUUUUUAAAGUUUUUGGCAAAAAAAAAUCACCCAUAGGAAUACAUUGGCUUUAUUUUAAUUUCCGUGGCAUUGGCUUUACAAGUGCUGCAUAAAAGGUCAUAAAAUCCGGUUGCUCGUGUGUGUACUGUCAGACUUCGAUGCUAUCUCAAAAUAAAAUGAAUUUCCAAACUGCCAAUCUUUAAGGAAAUCUUUUCUUUAAUUGAGCACAGCCACCGGAUCAUGACUCGAUGCGGACAAGACUGACCUUUUGCCCCCCAAACCCUCCCUUUCCGAUCCCCAAAUCUCUGCUUCUCAUUGGCUAUCUUCCAAGUCAUUCUUCAGACUUCUUGUCUCGUCAUUUCCCAGGAAUGUCCCCACCCCCUUCAUUUCCACGACAACUCGACAUCAAAGGGAUUUAGCUGGCAAAAGUUCAGAGCUUAUCUCUCUCUCUCUCUCUCUGCUCUCUAUGCCAGCGUCGAAACGCUGACAUGUACUUCAAUUUAUAAUUUAUACUUGUGAUGAAAAUUCCAGCCUCCAUUAUA